AUGAGCUACUCUCCUGCUAAGAACCAUUUGAAAAUAUCCUUUCUUGAAGGCAGAGUGGAGUUCAAUAAUGAGACCUUCUCUCUGGAGGUGAAGAAUUUGCAGAAGAAUGACAGUGGAACCUACAGAGGACAGAUAAUAAGCAUUUCAGAGGGGGACGUUCUGAUUAAUUACGAGCUCUCUGUUCUGGAUCCAGUGGAGGCCCCUGUCAUGUCUGUUGUCUCUAACUGGUCCAGCAGUGACUCCUGUGAUGUGACAGUGAUCUGUAGAGGUCGUGACCUCUCUCUGACCUCCACCUGUAACAGCAGCAGCUGCUCUCCAAAGGAAGGAGCCUCCACUGACUCCACCCUCACCCUCUCAGUCAGAGGAGGUGUUGUCCUCUGUAACUAUAGCAACCCAAUCAGCUGGAAACAUGCUACCUUGCGAAUUAAACCUCUGUGUUCAAGUGAUGCAAAAACUCCCUCCAUAACAAUUGUGGUAGUUAUUGCAAUUGUCUUUGUUGCCAGCAUUGCAAUAUAUGUGUAUCAACAAAGGAGCCGAGGUGGUGAAACAGGAACAGCAACAGGUCCAACUCAAACCGAAUAUGCUGAGGAUACGGUGUGCAGGCUAUUUCCCUCUCUCAUCUUCUCACGGUCACAUAUAUAA